AUGUCAUCCACAUUUAGUAGCAGAUUCUCUUCGUUCGCUCGAUCUUCUUCAUUCAGCUCGAAUCUAGGUCCAAGUAAAUCUUGGACUUCCGGGGGUCAAUCUACUGCUGGAACCGGACGGACAGGAAGUAAUAACUCGUAUUUCCAUCAUCGACCGAAAACCAGAAAUGAGGGUGAUAAGAAGACACUAGAUACAUUGAACAACCUCAAGUCCACGGAUUGUUCCCCUCGAGUUGUUCGUCCUGGAUUAAUAAGAUCGAAUUCAAGUAUAUCACAAUCGUCCGUAUCAUCAUGCCGAUCAGAAUCUGAUAUCAACGAGAAAUGGAUUUACAGAUCCAUGCGACGUCGGUCCGGCAAUAGAUGGAAUUUUGAACCUAGCCCAGUUCUCAUUGGUGAAGGUAGUGUCGAUAUCGAUAUCGAUCAAUCUUCAAUGUGGGAUCACCGGGAGGAGGUGGAGGAAGAUUAUGGUUCCGAGAGAGAAUCGAGUGAGAUGGUCAAUCGGAGCCCUCAGUCGAGCAGUAGUGCCGCAUGCUGUGAUUCUCUCCCCAAACAAAGGGCCAAUCCGUGA